AAAAAAAAAAAAAAAANGAAUUCCGAUGGACGUUAAGUCAACAAAAUCCUCGCCGGUUCUCACGGACCCUGCCUCGCUGAACAAAUCGAGGCUGGGGAUUCGUUCGGGCCUCCUGCCUUGCUCACAAUCAAGCGGGCCCACUUUCCCUAAAAGCAUUCCCACUGUUCCAAGAAAAAAGCCCGUAAAACUCGGUGAUGUUCGAUACAACGGCUGGUUGGACUCCAUGAAAUCAUCUUCUCCUCCUCGCAAGAAGAUCCUCAAGGAUUUCAACGGUGCUGAGUUCGUCUCUGAUGAUGCUGAAAUUGCUUAUCUCUCUUGGAAGAUUAAGUAUCCAUCGGCCCUCGAUUCUUUUCAGACGAUUGUAGAUCGUGCGAAGAAUAGAAAGUUGGUCGUGUUCUUGGAUUAUGACGGCACGCUUUCGCCGAUCGUGGAUGACCCUGAUCGAGCUUUUAUGUCUGAUGUCAUGCGAUCUGUUGUAAGGAGUGUCGCGAAAAAUUUUCCGACCGCCAUCAUCAGUGGGCGAAGUCGAGAUAAGGUUUAUGAAUUGGUAGGGCUUAGUGAACUCUAUUAUGCCGGCAGUCAUGGAAUGGACAUCAUUUUCCCGGCCAAAGACUCGGUUAAUCCAAAAAACCAUCAAAAUUGUGUGAAAUCUUCCGAUCCCAAGGGAAAGGAGGUUAAUUUAUUCCAGCCGGCCAGUGAAUUUAUACCUAUGAUCGACGAGGUUUUCAGAAAGUUUGUUGAUAUUGCGAAAGACAUAGAAGGCUCGAAAGUUGAGAACCAUAAGUUUUGUGUCUCUGUACAUUACCGCAAUGUAGAGGAGAAUGUUUUGGAGGUUCGUCCGGUGAUUGACUGGGACAAGGGGAAGGCAGUUAAGUUUCUUCUAGAGUCUCUAGGAUUUAGCAACCGUAAUGAUGUUCUCCCAAUUUAUAUUGGGGAUGACAGAACAGACGAAGAUGCAUUCAAGGUGCUGAGGAAGAAAAAUCGUGGCUAUGGUGUCCUUGUAUCAGCUGUUCCGAAGGAGAGCAGCGCAUCUUUUUCUCUUAAGGAUACUUCAGAGGUUCAAGAUUUCCUGGAAGCACUUGUGAAAAUGGCAGAAAAGGAUGUUAACACAGAUGAAGCAAAUGCAGAUAAUACAGACUAAUUUGAUGAUAAAUUGUAGGUUUUUUUCUUAAGUGUUUUAUGUCUUUUAUCUUUGGAUUUUGUUUUGGCAGUUUGUUGCCCAAGUAAUUUUUAUUUCCAGUACUGUAGAUUAUUAUAUGCUUUUGCCUCAAGUUUUUGUUGAUGGUGGUAUAUGAGGCACAACCUCUUUUAAACAACUGUGUGAAAAUGAUUCUGAUAUUUUUCUUUUGAAGCAAAAAUACACCAUCAUUUUCUAGAAUUAAAGUCAGAUGAUA